AUGAGCCAAUCGGCCCCCAGCCGCAAGAGAUCCGCCUCGGCCAUGUCCUUGAGUGACAACCAAGACACCCGCUUUGGCUCUCAGCUUCCCAGUGACUCUAUCAACCCUCUAAGUCAUACGCCCUCCGUUUUGCGUCAGCUCCGCCUUGCUGGCCUCGCCGAGACGGACCAGCCACCAUCGCGGACGCAGCCCAGGUUUCCGCACCGCGCGUGGCAAGACUCGAAAGCGCGGAGCCGAGGAGGACCCAUCACGGCCGCCAAGUUUGUGGACAGCAACGACGUUGAUGAAGAAGAGGAAGACGAGGAAAUGCGCUUGGGCAACGGCGACAAUGACAACGAGAAGCCGCGGCGUAGGAAAAGGGAUGGGGAGACCAAGGCCAAGUACGCCUCCGAGAAGUCGCCUUUCCGCCCCUUGGUCCGCGCCAUCUAUGGGUUCCUUGACCAGGGCCGCGUGACCGAUGCCAAGCGCGCCUUUGGGAUGCUCGUGAGGUCCCACGUCCACGGGAAGCCGGUCGACAUCAGACGGAACAACUACUGGGCCCUGGGCGCCGAAAUCCUCAUGCGCCAGGGCGGCAGUUCCAUCAGCGCUCGCGACGGUGCACCCGGUGCAGGGGAAAUGUACCCAGCGUCAAACGUUCCCCGCGUUCGCGAGUACUUCCAAGACCUCAUCCAGCGCUACCCGUACAACUUCAAGUACCGCGCCGCCGUCUCGGCUGUCGACUUCUGGCCCGCGCUGCUGAGCUACGAGGUCUUCCAGGUGCACAAGCAGCAAUCAGCACAUCUCCAGCGUCUGCAUCGCGACGCCGAGGAGUGGGAAGACGACUCGUGGCAAGAGCCCUCUUCACUCGGCGGCGGCGGCGGCGACAUCGAUAUCCACGACAUGAUAGUGGACGACUCCGACUACAAGGCAACCGGCUGGCAACCCGAUCCACGGGAUCGCCGGCUGCGCCAGGCAAGGGACCAGAUCCGCCUGCGGACGCUGGACGCACUGCGUGAGAUAGCGGGCCGCAUGGACGACUUGCUCGAGGACCGGCCGUUUUCGCACAGUCACGAGCUUCUGCGGCUACGGGGGAUGGUGUCGCUGUACAUCGGCGACUUGCUCAUUCCAGCGUUGGCCGAGGCGGAGGGCCAGAUGGCCGAGGCGAGGAUACGGCGCGAUGCCGAGAGAAACAACGCGCGUAGCAGCUUUCAGAAAAUGGCGGAGCACGGCGGACGGCCUGAUGCGUUUGUUCAGGAGAUGAUGGUCCCGGCCGACCACGACGAGGGCCCCAUCUUGCCAGUCUUCUCAUCGCUUCCUAUUAGAGAGUACCGCACGGCUAUCUAG